UGGCCGGGGGGAGAGCUGCUCUGCCGGGGGAGAGCUGCUCUGCCGGGCCGCUGCGGAACACCCAUGGGUGGCUGUGUCGGGAGCCACCACGACUCCUCGGGCAGCCUGAACGACAACUCGGACGGCACCGGAGUGGCUCUAGGGCGUAACCAGCCCCUGAAGAGAGAGCGGCCUAAAUGGAAGAGUGACUACCCGAUGACUGAGGGCCAGCUGCGCAGCAAGAGAGAUGAGUUCUGGGAUACGGCGCCAGCGUUCGAGGGCCGGAAGGAGAUCUGGGAUGCGCUGCGUGCUGCCGCCAGCGCCUUUGAGAGCAAUGACCACCUACUGGCCCAGGCCAUCCUGGACGGGGCCAGCAUCACCCUGCCGCACGGAGCUCUGACGGAGUGUUACGAUGAGCUGGGGAACCGGUACCAGCUGCCCGUCUACUGCCUCUCCCCUCCGGUCAACAUGAUCGAGGAGCGGUCCGACGACCCGGACGGCUCCGAUCCCGACUCCGGGGCCGCCGACGCGUCCACGGGCAGCGGCAGCGACCCCGGCUCGGGGGGAGAGUGCCAGCUCCGCCUGCGGCUCUCCACGGGCCGCGACCUCCGGCUGGCCGUCCGCUCGGCGGACACGGUGGGCAUGAUGAAGCGGCGUUUGCAGAACCAGGAGGGCGUACCGGCUGCAACCCAGCGCUGGUUCUUCUCAGGUCGGCCGCUCACAGACAGGCUACGCUUGGACCAGCUCAACAUCUCCAAGGACUAUGUGGUGCAGGUCAUCCUCAGCCAGCGGCCGCCGCCUGAGCCGCCAGGGCCGGGACACGAGCCCGAGGCCUCCGGGCUCGGGGCGGGGGAAGACGUGUCUAAACUGCCUCAGGAGCCCACGCCGGUGGAGAACUGAAACCCCUCAGGCGGGCAGACCACAGGCCUGGCAGGACAAGACGGGAAGAACCAGGGACUAAAACAAGAAUGGAAAUGCUUCCUCUCCUCUUCUCUGCUCAACUCAGUUGUUUCUACUGAGAGGGCUUUGUGUUGGCGGAGGGCGACUGUCUGCCGGAGCAUAAAGACUCUAUUGAGAAAAGACUUCCUUCUGGUUUUACACCAUCAUUUUGUCCCUUUUUUUUUUUUUUUUUUUAUUAAACCCUUUUAACUGUUCCUAUGGAAACCAAAAUUACAAAAAGAGAACUUUGUCAGAAUGGCUUAUACGUUUUUCUUAGCAACACUGAAAGUUUUAACGUUUCCAUGUUUCAGUUUUCAUUCAAGUUCUGCUCUUGUGGGUUGGGCUUUGGUUUGUAAGACAGGAUCCAAAACAUCAACAGCCUUUUCCCUUCAGACAGCAGACACUUCCACAAUCAGUACACUUAUUUAGGCCAUUUUUUUUUUUUAACUAUUUGUGAAUGAAUUGAAGACAUAUUCAGUCAGGGUAUCACGUCAGUACGCUGUAAACUGUGCAGACAAUUUGGUUUUGUAAGUAAACGCUGAUGUUUGCUCUACGUUAUCGAGAAUUCGCACACAGGGUUCGUGACUGAAUGUUUUACCAAGCUGCUGGUCCAAUAUUUCACUCUGCUUCACUGAACAAUCAAAUGAAUCAUGUGAUGAACAGUAAGAGCUGUUGGGUGUGAGUGGGCGUGGAUACAAGUGUGUGUGCGCGCGUGUUUGGGGGUUGGGGGUGCUCAUGAUCAGGACACAUUUACUCUUGUGGCAAAAGGAAGGACAGCAAGAACACAGUUGCAUAUUUUGAUUAAAAAUAGAACAUUUUUAAAUAAA